AUGGCCGCGCCGGCGCCGCCGCCCGCACCCGCCGCCGGGAAGCGGAUCCUGUGCGUGGGGCUGGUCUGCCUGGACAUCAUCAGCGUGGUGGAGACCUACCCCGCCGAGGACACCGACACCAGUUUCGUGGUGGCGGAUUUCCGUCGCCGGGGCGUGGACCUGGCGCACGCGGCCUGGCAGCCCCGGGGGGACAUGCCGUGCGCCUGCUGCGUCGUCAGCGCCGCCAACGGCUCGCGGACCGUCGUGCUCUACGACACGAACCUGCCCGACGUGACGGCCCGCGACUUCGAGCAGGUUGACCUCUCCCAGUACAAAUGGAUCCACUGGGAGGGCCGGAACGCGUCGGAGCAGGUGAAGAUGAUGCGGCGCGUGGAGGAGCACAACCGGGCGCAGCCGCCGGCGCAGCGCGUGCGCACCUCGGUGGAGGUGGAGAAGCCGCGGGAGGAGAUGUUCCAGCUCUUCGGGCACGGCGACGUGGUCUUCGUCAGCAAGGACGUGGCGCAGCACCUGGGCUACGGCUCGGCGGCCGAGGCCGUGCGGGGGCUGCGGGCCCGCGUGCGGCGCGGGGCCACGCUCGUGUGCGCCUGGGCCGAGGCGGGGGCCGACGCCGUGGGGCCCGGCGGGGAGCUGGUGCACUCGGACGCCUUCCCCCCGGACGCCGUGGUGGACACGCUGGGGGCCGGGGACACCUUCAACGCCGCCGUCAUCUUCGCCCUCUCCGAAGGGCAGAGCCUGCAGGAAGCCAUCACGUUCGGGUGCCGCGUGGCCGGCAGGAAGUGCGGCGUGCAGGGCUACGACGGCAUCGUGUGAGCCAAUAAA